UGACUGUGGGCUGAAUAGCAGGGGUUUUGCAGAUAGAACAUGAUAAAGAGGCUCGGCUCUUCCCGAUGGCUCGGCAAGCUCCCGAUUGUCUUUUAAGCCGUCGGGAGCCUGCCGAUGGUGCUCUAUCAUCAAACAAUUUACAAACCAUUUUUAUAAAGCACUUAUAUUCGCUGUGCGUACAACAUCCACUGGCUGAAAAAACAUACAAUCCCAGGUCAAGAUAAGAACAGAAAACCGACGUGGAAGCUCUCCCAUUUCUCAUAUCUGCCUAUGCCAAGCCCUAAUCUUUAACGCCAAUAUGCCAAGCGAAGAAAGCGGCGACCAUUAUCAGCAUGUCGUGGUGCACGGGUUGCCCUAUGAUCGCGGUUUCUCGCAUGGACAGCAAGUCAAGGAUAAAAUUCUGCGAAAUAUUACUCAUUAUAAACAGCCAGGGAAUCUUAUCGCAUGGCCCACUGCGCUGCGAAUUAUUCGGGAAUGCUAUAUUCCAGGGCUGGAAAACUAUUGGUUAUCGGGCCUCACAGAGAUGCGUGGCGUCGCCGAUGGUGCAGGAGUGGACCUGGAAGAUAUAAUCUUAUUGAACGCUCGAUAUGACCUUUCACAUAUUAGCAAUCCUUCGACAACGGAAAACGAUCCAACUCGAAGUCUUCCUAAGCUGGCCUCGGAGACUGAAGAUGAACGUUAUUAUCCGUCGUACCCGCGAGCGUCUUCUGAAUGUACUAGCGCGAUUAUCCUAUCUGAAGCGACCGGCGAUGGAGAAGUAUACACGGCUCAAAAUUGGGAUAUGUCAGAUCGGCUCCUCAAGGAGGAUGGGAUCAUCUAUCUAGAGGUCCAUCCACACCCUUCGGAGAAUCUACCGUCGUUGUUCCUCGUAACUGAGGCGGGUCAAUUAUGCCGAUCAGGAAUGAAUUCGGAUGGGCUGGGGUUAUGUGCAAAUUCACUGUGCAGCUCAAUUGAUGCACUGCCAUUCUCGAUGGACGACGCUGUGGGGAAAGGGAAAAUGCCGGCUAUUCCUCCGUCCUCGGCUCUACGACGACUAUUCCUAGAAAGCCCUAGCUAUGCCGACGGCCUCAAAUGAGUCGCCAGAACACCUCGCCACGUUUCAUGCAAUUUGAUGCUGACAACUGCAGACAAUAUGGGAAUCUGUCUAGAAAUAACCCCCAAAAUCAUUUUCAGAAUAUCCGGAUCAGCUGGCUCUGACACUCCGUAUAUUCUGCAUAGCAACCAUUUUC